UUUUGAACUGAAUCUGCAAAAAGAUCAUGUACUGCAUGUUUUUCAACAGCCAACACAAGUGUGCUGUGUUUUCUUUUGCUCGUUGGUCUUUGGCGGAAGAACCCCAAAACCUUCAAAGGGAAGUCAACGCUUACAGUGACACAUAACUUCUUGCACAACCACCUGCAGCUGCCACUUCAAACUGCACUUGAGCUGAGAGCAAUGAAUCCUGAAGGUCAACCAGCUGAGGUUGUCCCAUUGCAGGUGGGGAGGAAUGACGGGCCCCCUGGACAACCUGGGACAUCUACAGUGGUUGAGUACACCACUGUGAACAUCCACACGGAGCCCCCUCCAGACCACAUCAUCUGGUCCCUCUGCUGCUUUGCCCACUGCAACCCCUGCUGCCUCGGACUGGCUGCUCUCAUCUAUUCUAUCAAGGCCAGAGACAAGAAGGUGGCCGGAGACCUGGAGGGUGCCCGAAAGUACGGCUCCAGUGCUCGCUGCCUCAACAUCUGGUCCACAGUCCUGGCUUGCACCAUGAUCCUUAUUUUCAUUAUUAUACUCUCCAGGUCAGAUGUAACGUACAGACCCAUGUAUUACCAUUAUUAGUGGUAAAAGUUUCAAAUUCUAUUUGAGUUGCCUGCUGUUGCGUCUUGGUGAUAUUUUUGGUUAUUUGCUUCAUGCUUAUGGCACAAUUUAUAUCUUUUUACUUAUUUUCUUAAGCAAAAAAAAAAAAGCUUUUUUGUUGGUGUCACAAAAGUCUUAAAUGAAACACAUCCAUCUUUUCUUGAUGACUAUUUUUAGUUGAGUUUGACAUUCAUGUGAGACUUUGUUAUUAAAUUAGAUUUUCUGUUGUAAGACCUGUAUCUCAGCAGUUGUUUCAAGAAGAGAACAGUGUCAUCUGUCAAUAAAGGUCUCUGUUUCAUAAAUCU